AAAUUUUGUGAAAAUGAAUUAAAAGGAAAACGACAAUCAACUUAUUUGUUCCAUUAGUUCAUCAUUCUUGAUUUUUCUUUGGCUUUCUGACAAAGCACACCCCUUUAAGUAACUGCUAAAAUCUCUCUCACUCUCUCUCUCUCUCUCUCUCUCGAUACUUGUGGAAUAUCUUGUAUUUGUUUUUCUCUCACUACAUAAACAAACUUAAGAUUUCUCCCAAAUUCUUGGAGCUGAAGCCAAUGAUUUCUUGCUCUGCUUACUGAAGAGAUCUGUUCUGAGCUAUGGAAAUUAUCUCUUGCCACGCUAUGCAUGGCCAGUAUCUAGUAAAAUUUAGAGGGUAUGCUGUUGGGAAAAGCCCAAGAUCAAAUCAAGCAAAACUUUGGAAUUUCAAGGAGAGAAGAUUGAUAUCUGUAGUCAGUCAAUGUAAGCUCAAGGCUCUUAGACAUUCUUAUUUAGAUCAAUUAGCCAUAAGGAGGCUUGGAAGAGCUCACACUGUUAGGACACUAAGUGCUCUGAAGGGAUAUGAACAUGGUGAUCCAAGCGUCUUGAGUGAAAGUUUAAACUCUUAUGUACUUGAUGGUAAAGAGAAUGUUACUGAUAGUGACAAGACUGUACCUAAGGUCUUGAUUCCUGGUUUGCCUGAUGAAAACAAGGGUGAUUCUGUUGCUUCAAUUACCAGUUGUUCCUGGGAAUGGAAGCCCAAACUUAAUGUUCACUACAAAACAGCUGGAUCCGUGAAUGUUGAUUUUCCUCCGGUUCUCUUUCUUCCUGGUUUUGGAGUUGGUUCCUUUCAUUAUGAAAAACAAUUGAAGGAUCUGGGUCGAGACUUUAGAGCAUGGGCAGUCGAUUUUCUUGGGCAGGGCUUGUCAUUACCACGUGAAGAUCCAACUAGACAGACAAAGAAUGGUGACAACCUGAAAUCAGAUGUGGAGAACUUCUUGUGGGGUUUUGGAGAUGAGACUGAACCUUGGGCAAAAGAGCUUGUUUAUUCUUCUGAUUUAUGGAGGGACCAAGUCCGUUACUUCAUCGAAGAGGUGAUUGGAGAACCUGUUUAUAUUGUUGGGAAUUCACUCGGAGGAUAUAUCGCGGUCUACUUUGCAGCAUGCUAUCCCGAAUUGGUGAAAGGUGUAACCUUGCUUAAUGCUACUCCUUUUUGGGGAUUUCUUCCUAACCCUAUGAAAUCUCCUAGAUGGUCAAGCAUGUUUCCUUGGGCUGGCACAUUUCCUAUUCCUGCCACAAUUAAAAGUCUUACGGAAAUUGUGUGGCAGAAAAUGAGUGAUCCUGAAAGUAUUGCAGAGAUACUUAAGCAAGUAUAUGCAGAUCACUCGACAAAAGUUGAUAAGGUGUUCUCCAGUAUACUGGAGAUAACAAAGCAUCCAGCGGCUGCUGCAUCAUUUGCUUCUAUUAUGUUUGCUCCUCAAGCACAGUUAACGUUCAAGGACUCUUUAUCUAGGUGUCAAAUGAACAACGUACCUGUCUGUCUCAUGUAUGGCAAAGAAGAUCCUUGGGUAAAGCCUAUCUGGGGUUUACAAGUGAAACGCCAACUGCCAGAAGCUCCAUAUUAUGAGAUUAGCCCUGCUGGUCACUGCCCUCAUGAUGAAGUUCCAGAGGUGGUGAAUUUCUUAUUGCGUGGGUGGAUCAGAAAUGUAGAAUCCCAGGGUUCAGCAGCACUGCCUCUGUUUGAUAGCGCUGAAAAUUUUCAGAAUGACUUUGCCAAAGACCUGGAAUUUGUUAGAGAAGGUUCAAGAAAAUUAGCAAGGGUACAGAUCUAUGGAUCCGAAUCAUCUUUCUGGAAAAGGAUGAUCUCUUUAAUCAAAUCUCAGUUUGACACUUCAAGAAAGUGACUUAACAAAAGAUUAUCGUCUGUGUAAAUGGUGAUACACAACCUGACGCAUUUCAUACUUUUUCUUUUUUUCAACUAGUCCAUGUAUAGAUAAGGUAGCUUGUAUUUGUGUGUUUUCUUGAACAGUAUAUUGUACAAGGAACAGGUAAUAGAAGGUUAAAGUGCCCUGAGCUGCUGUUUCAGUUGUUCUCUUAGAACAGCUACCAUCUGAGUUUGUAAUUUAGAAUUAGGGCUAGCUAAUUAUAUUUUCAGCAAAGAGAAACGCGACAGAUCCAUGUCUUUUCAGAAAUUAGGCUUCUGAUAAUUUUGUUAAAUUGCUAAUUAUAAUCUAGGCAACUUUAUCAGCCUGAUCAUUUCAGAUUGAAUUAUUGAGAGGGACUUUAAGCU